AUGGCGCAGGACACCUACUGGGGCUCCUUUGAGGAGAUCUCCAAGUACAAUGUGCAGCUCAACUACCUCGAGAAGAUGUGGAUGGCCUGGUACCAAUGGAUGGGCAACGAUGUCUUGGCGACAGGAAUCAUGUCCUUCGUCUUCCACGAGCUCUUCUACUUUGGACGCGCGCUUCCCUGGAUCAUCAUCGACUGCAUACCCUUCUUCAACCGAUACAAGCUCCAACACCAAAAAAUCCCCACUACUUGGGAACAAACACAAUGCGCCGCCCUCGUCCUCCUGUCCCACUUCACCGUCGAGCUUCCCCAGAUCUGGAUGUUCCACCCCAUGUGCCAGUACUUCGGUCUCCAGACCUCCGUUCCCUUCCCCAGCAUCUACAAGAUGGCGUACCAGAUUGCCAUCUUCUUCGUCUUCGAGGACGCAUGGCACUACUGGAUGCACCGCGCCAUGCACGCCAGCUCCUUCCUCUACAAGAACAUCCACAAGAUCCACCACCAAUACUCUGCUCCCUUCGGUCUGGCCGCCGAGUACGCCUCGCCCAUUGAAGUCAUGAUCUUGGGCUUCGGUACUGUCGGAGUCCCAAUCGUCUUCUGCGCCAUCACCAAGGACCUCCACAUCCUGACCAUGUACGCGUGGAUUUGCCUCCGUGUGUUUCAGGCCAUCGACGCGCACAGCGGCUACGAGUUCCCAUGGAGUCUGCACCACUUCCUGCCUUUCUGGGCCGGCGCUGAGCACCACGAUGUUCACCACGAGAAGUUCAUUGGCAAUUACGCUAGCAGCUUCAGGUGGUGGGACCUGCUCUUCGACACCGAGGCUGGUGCUGAGGCCUCCAAGAAGCGCCGUGAGCGCAAGAUGGCCGCUGCCAAGCUCAAGAAGGCCAACUGA